GCCAGCUCUCCAGAGGACUUCCUCGCCUGCUGCAGGGAAGAGCAGACUGACAGACAAACCUGGGUGCAGCCGGAAAGGUCCAAAUAGAUGAGCUUGUGGCAUCCGUUCCCUAAAUUCAGGGAACUCCACGGUACCUCAGCUGGGUCUCAUUGUUCGUCAACUGCAUUAGUUAAGCUUACCCACACUCGGAUUUCAAAGGAAUACUUUCACUGUUCCAUCUGUCACACCAAGUAAUCGGGGCCAGGUGGAUGUCAGGAUGCGUGUGGCUAUCAUCGUGAUCCUGCUCUUCUUUUGCAAAGCCGCGGAGCUCCGUAAGGCAAGCCCACGGGGUGGGAGAAGCCGAGCGCCUCAUGGCCGGGCGGCUGGGGGCCGGAGCGGCUCCAACCCAGUCAAACGCUACGCACCGGGCCUCCCCUGUGAAGUGUACACGUACCUUCACGAGAAGUACUUAGAUUGUCAAGAAAGGAAGCUAGUAUAUGUGCUGCCUGGCUGGCCUCAGGAUUUGCUGCAUAUGCUGUUAGCAAGAAACAAGAUCCGCAUACUGAAGAACAGCAUGUUUUCCAAGUUUAAAAAGCUGAAAAGCCUGGAUCUGCAACAGAACGAGAUCUCCAAAAUUGAGAACGAGGCUUUCUUCGGUUUGAAUAAACUCACCACUCUCUUGCUGCAGCACAACCAGAUCAAAGUCUUGACGGAGGAAGUGUUCCUCUACACCCCUCUCCUGAGCUACCUGCGUCUCUAUGACAACCCCUGGUCCUGCACCUGCCAGAUGGAAACGCUCGUUUCGAUGCUGCAGAUUCCGAGGAACCGGAAUUUGGGGAACUAUGCCAAGUGUGAAAGCCCGCCAGAACUCAAAAAUAAAAAGCUGCGGCAGAUAAAAUCUGAACAGUUAUGCAGUGAGGAAGAAAAGGAACGAGUGGACCCGAAACCCCAAGUGUCAGGGAGACCCCCAGUCAUCAAGCCUGAGGCCGAUUCGACGCUUUGCUACAAUUACGUGUUUCCCAUACAAACGCUGGACUGCAAAAGGAAAGAGUUGAAGAAAGUUCCAAACAACAUCCCUCCAGACAUUGUUAAGCUUGACUUAUCCUACAAUAAAAUCAAACUACUUCGACCCAAGGAGUUUGAAGACGUUCAUGAGCUAAAAAAAUUAAACCUCAGCAGUAAUGGCCUUGAAUUCAUAGAUCCUGCUGCAUUUCUGGGACUCACCCAUUUAGAAGAGUUGGAUCUAUCGAACAACAGUCUGCAAAACUUUGACUAUGGAGUCUUAGAAGACCUGUAUUUUCUGAAACUCUUGUGGCUCAGAGACAACCCCUGGCGAUGUGACUACCACAUCCACUACCUCUACUACUGGCUACGGCACCACUACAACGUGCACUACAACGGCCUGGAAUGCAAAAUGCCUGAAGAAUACAAAGGCUGGUUUGUGGGGAAGUACGUUCGGAGUUACUAUGAAGAAUGCCCCAAAGACAAGCUACCAGCAUACCCUGAAAUAUUUGACCAGGAUACGGAAGAAGAAGAAUGGGAAAAAAUACAUAAGGAUCACACGGCAAAGAAACAAAGUGUAAGAAUCACUAUCGUGGGCUAACUCGGAAAUUGCUCUGGUUGCAACAAGUUUUGUAUUGGCUAUACCGGUGUCAGAAAACCGUAUGUUUACAUUUUGAUUAACUGUGUUGCCUAUUUAUGCAGGGUUUUCCAGCUAAAGGGAGGAAGUUCCCUUAACUAUUUUUAUUAGUAUUGUUGUGACAAUUAUAGUAAUCAAGGGAAUACUUUCAUCCUGCUUGCCUGCCUGUUUGCAGAAUGGCUUUUGGUGACAAUUCCACACUGGUAACCUGCAGGAGCUGGGUCCUAAUGAUGGCAUUAGAAUUUCAUAAUGUCCUGUAUGUAUGUUUUUACUGCUUUUUGAAAUAAACAAAAAAAUAA